AUCGAUCCACUCGAGUGAACAAGAAUGUAUCACCUUACAAGAUGACAUACCAUAUUAUAUUUAUAUCAUAUUAAUCCAUAUUAAUUUUUUUUCUAAACAGGACCACAAGUUGAGUAUCAACGUAAAUGAAAACAAGUGUCCGGGGCAUUAACAUGCGUAACAAGCGGCCUUGUGUUGGUCUGUGUCUGCACAGGUGGAUGUGGGCGAUCGAUACGGACGUAAGUAAGUAAGUACACACGAAGGACUUUGGCAUCCGUGAAAGUUGUACGUCGCCGUGGUGCUCUCUCUACAAAGUGUGUAGUGUUGUUGAUGUUGGUGUUGCUUGUAGCCUGUGGGAAAGUAACGCAACACCAUGGGACCCACAGCCGGUUCGCUGGUUAUACUUUAUACUGGACCGCGAUAUUCCCAGAUCCCAGCCGACAAACCAUUUCCAAAACUCCCACGAGCAGCCCAUCAUCACUCUAAUAUACACUACAAAUACUCUGGUUACGCGCACUUGGAAGGUCGAAGAAAGCGAUUUUUAUUUUAAAGAGACUUUUUAAUUUAUCAAUAUGAAAAAAAAUAUAGCAGUCAAAAAAAUGUAAAAAUACACAAAUCCCUUGAUAAAAUAACACAAGUGGUUCAUUGUUCAUAACCGAGAUAGAAUAAUCCUCGAUAUAAGAAUGUACUGUAGCAAAUAUAUGAAAUUCAAAGGCGUCGAUUCUUCAUCUGAAUCGGAGAUGUUAGCCGACAACCGAGUUGUGCGCCACAGAGCCAUGCCAGGUCUGCUUGGCAUAUCAUCUAGAUGACUGAGAACUGAGGAAAUAAAAGGAAACUAAUCCAACAAUCACCACAAAGUGCAUUGGAUCCCGGCUGAAGCAACAAAAGCGAAGCCCAUUUCAUGAGAAAGAGAUCGGGGAUGGUGAUUUGUAUUUGUAUUCAUCGGCGUCACAAUAAAAAAGAGUGACACGGAACAAGGACGCCCCCGCGAUUGACAAUCUUGGAUAUGGCCAUGGAAAAAAUACACCAUGCCCUGUAAUGUUCCUAUGGUGAAUAUGGACACUUCACCAUACACCGUAUGCGGUCGCGCAUAACACCGUUCCCCGUUCCCUCUUCCUCGUUGUCCCGACACCGGACGUGGGCUGGUCCCUGAGUACGACAGAGAGCCCCAACACCAGAGAAGAAAAGAUGAAAUAAAACCGGAGAGGGGAGAGCCACACGAGUUAAAUACAAUCCAGUGUCAUGUCACUUAUAUGCCAAAUUAAAAUUCAUUUUAAUAAAUUUAACAAAAUCAAUCAAUUAUUUGGAUAGUGUACAGUAAAGUGGAACUGACUAACAAUCAAAACUCCAAAAAGUUUAUUACUAAUCCACGGUUUAUUUAUCGAUGACUGUACUUGGAUGCAGUGGUGACUCCGAGUGUGACUCGUUUUAUUAUCAUUUUGUUUCGAAAGAUCCUGAAUUACGCAUAAGUGAAUAAUAAUUAUUAAAAGAAAAGUUUUAAACUGCACACGGAUUUAAGGUGCAUUUAUUGAGAGUCUGAGGCAAGGACUUGAAUUCCGAGGAAAGAAGAUAAGAGGGAUGCUGAAACACGUGUCGAUAUCGCCGUGGAGAGGAAGAUCAGACAGCGUCAGUCUGGCCUCCAGCAAUGGAGAUACCAGUAGCUGCGGAAGCGGAAGUCCAACCCCUAGUCAUACUCCACCACCCUCACGUGCGUCUUCUUGCGCGUCUCUCGUUCCACUUACUGCGCUAUCUAGCUUUUCACCUGCUGAUACCGCGUCACAACAAACGACAAUAAAAGUGUACGCGAACUGCCUGAGACCAGAUAUCGAAUACAAAACGCUGUCAAUAACGUACGAGACGACGUGCCAUCAAGUCGUGCAAAAUUUAUUAAACAAAUAUCGAAUGAGACAUCGGGACCCGAGAUUAUUUUAUAUGACCAUGGAAGUCACUGUCAGGCGAGCUAAUGUCAGGACUAUUUUACCGUUAGAUGAAGAUGCUAGACCUGCCGUACUACAAUCUUGCCAUCCACGUGGUGAUUCUAGAUUUUCAUUACAAACACGACGUGGAGGAUUAGUUAAAAUUUAUGACAGCGCAUUAAUGUCCGGGUCAAAAUACAAGAGCCUAUUAAUAUCAGAGCGGACAACAGUAGACGAGUUGAUUCAAAUGCUGCUGAACUGCUAUAAUUCAGCGGAGCCAGUUGAGCAAUUCUCUUUGUACGAAGUGUGCGAAGGUGAAGAAUACCAGCGUAAAUUACACCCCGAUGAUUCGCCACUUAAAGUAACGCAGAAGUGGACAAGUAUCGAUAGACACCUUCGCAUACGCAGGAAUCCAGACUACGACCCACAUAGGAGAAAGAGUAUGUGGGCUUCUGAUUCAACAAUAAGUGCAGCGUUAUCACGUCUUCAUCUUCAAAAUAAAAUUCAUUUAUCCCAGCAAAAUUUGUCUUCUGAAAAAUCAAAGACUCACGAUCAUUUAAAUGAUAGUAAUAAUAAUAAUAAUAAUAAUAAUAAUAAUAAUAAUAGCAGUAAUUCAAACACAAAUUUAUCAACAUCAUCUUACUGCCUGUUAUUGCGUCAGCGCGGAAAAUGCAAAGUAAAUAAUAAUAAUAGAAAUAAUCAUAAUCAUAAUUACCCAAAUAAUGGAAAUGUCAGUAUCAAUAAAAGUAACAGUUCUACAAGUGCGAGCCAGGAAUGUGGAAGAAACCAACUGACUCGCAGCACUAAAAUGUCUAAUUUACUGCCGCAGAGUUUGCCAUCCACUCCGCUGACUUCUAAACACCUCAUGGCCUCGCACUUUUCAAACUACGAAAAUUUUUUUUACAUUUAAUUUAUAAAAUGCCUGUCAAGUAUUUAUUUUACUGUUAAGAAAAUUUUUUAUUAUUUUUAAUUGAUCCAAUUAUUUUUUUUCGAUUUAAUUGACAAUUACACGUUUUGAUAAAAGUAUGGCGUAAAAAAAAUUCUGGUUAAUUUUUUUAUAUUGUUAUUU